AUGAAUUUCUACCUGUAUUUAGCUUCCCUAUACUUGGGAUUAGUGGCUGCUGCUCCACAAUAUGACCAAGCUUUAGAUUCUCAGUGGGACCAAUGGAAGGCACAAUAUGAGAAGACCUAUGAAGCGAAUGAAGAUAGUUGGAGGAGAGCAACAUGGGAGAGGAAUUUGAAAAUGAUUGAAAUGCACAAUCUGGAGUACAGCACUGGCAAACAGAGUUUCCAGAUGGGAAUGAACAAGUUUGGUGACAUGACCACUGAAGAGUUCAAACAAGUCAUGAAUGGCUAUAACUCCAGUGGAUUACAGAGGAGGACCAAUGGAUCUCUACUUCAUGAACCUCUCUUUGCACAGAUUCCUGAAUCUGUAGAUUGGAGAGAGAAAGGCUAUGUAACUCCUGUUAAGAAGCAGGGUCGGUGUGCUUCUUGUUGGGCAUUUAGCGUCACUGGCGCCAUUGAAGGUCAGUGGUUCCGUAAAACCGGCAAACUUGUUUCACUUAGUGAACAGAACUUGGUUGACUGCUCUGAAGACAACAAUGGCUGUGGUGGUGGUUUCAUUGACAAAGCCUUCCAAUAUGUGAAGGAAAAUGGUGGCAUUGAUACAGAGGAAUGCUAUCCUUAUGUUGGAAAGGAUAGCUAUUGCAAAUACAAGCCAGAAUGCUCUGGUGCUAGUAUCACUGGAUUUGUAGACAUUCCAUCUGGGCAAGAAGGAGCACUCAUGGAGGCUGUAGCAACCGUGGGUCCCAUCUCAGCUGGUAUUGAUACUUCAAAUCCAUCCUUCAGGUUCUAUGAGUCUGGUGUUUAUUUUGAACCACAGUGCAGCAGUUCAGAACUGGAUCAUGGUGUGCUGGUUGUGGGCUAUGGUGCUGAGGGAGAAAGUGGAAAGAAAUACUGGAUUGUCAAGAACAGCUGGGGUGAAGCGUGGGGUGACCACGGGUACAUUCUGAUGGCCAAGGAC